ACUGCAAAGUGCUCAUGAAUCCAAAUUUGUCACUAUAAAAGGAGCUGAAAAUCACUGCUUGUUGCUGAUAUUUUGGAAGUUGACAAUAAUCACAAGGAUCUGUCUUUCCAAAGUUCUUUCUCAGAGGAAGGAAUGUAUUGUACAAGUUCUUGAAUUCUGGCUUUUUUGAAGACAUCUUUUGAAUGUUUAAAUUUUAAUGUAUCUUCUAUUACUUAACUGUACUACUGUUUUGUGUGUUUUUUUAACGAAGCCAUUUUGUGUGAUGAUUUCGUCUUUUAAAAGUGUCCGUCGUCAUGAAACUUUAAGUUAUAGUAGACAACUUUUACUUUGAGAGGUUGACAAGAUCGUUGCUAUUUUUGUGCGAGGAUUACGUUUUGUGGUACUGUCGAGAGACUGAGCUCUAGAGACUAGACCAGACCACCACUACAUGUAGGUACUGCAAUAUUUCACAAUACCUUCAAUCUCACAAAAUCAACGAUGAAUGACGCAAAGAAGACGGACAGACCGGCAGGGGACACUACCUUAAUGAAACUACGUAAAACCAUCUCCAAGUUCUCUCCUUUCAAGCGUAGAAGAGCUCAGAGUCUUGUUAAAGAAACAGUUUCAAAGGCACCUGCUGAUGAUGCAAGUGCAGCAGGCCAUGGUGAAACUCUCCCUCGCAUUGUCCUGGACGACGUUGUGAUAAAGAAUUGGUGCGAUAUAGCCAUCUUGGAUACUGAUUUUUCGAAAAGUGCAGAGAAAUCUACGUCACUGCCGUCUAUCAUUGAGAAAAAAGGAAAAGGGGGAUCACACCUCAUUAGGCCAUCAGUGUCUGGGAGCAGUUCACCCCACCAUGUUACCCCGUUCUCACCUUCCCGCACCCCGCGGUUCCCCAAACACAAGCCAUCUCCAAUGGACAGCACCUAUGCAGAUCUGGCUCAACAGGUGCUCAAGGAAUCGCGCACAGACGAAUCCCGUAGCGCAAACUAUGAGUUUCCUGAGGAGAUCCCAAUUGAGAACAUUGAGGAGAAGAACACGAGGGUUCAGAAAGUCGUCAGUUAUGCUAGCGCCCUUAAGCUGCGGUCGGCGCACACAAGCCCAGAGAGGGCUUCCGGUGCCGGCACCCCUUCCAAAACCGCCUUGCCGUCUCAUUCUAAGAACUUUGAGAUGGAUGAUGAUGCCGAGGAUGAUAUCUCCCAGCUCAAAGACACCAUCAGCACCGAUGAACUACAGGACUCGUUCAGUCACAUGACAUCGCAGCUCAGUCUGGAGUAUCAACGUGUAUCGAUCAGUGGGGAGGACAUGAGUGGGGUUCCCCCGGAAGAUCUCCACCACGCCUCUCUGUCGUUGGUUGAAGCGUUGUUGAUCCGUGAGAAGUACAUGGAUCUUGCCUCGCAGUCGUUCCCGAGGACUACGACAUACUUCUUGAGACAAGUAGACCGCAAGCCAUUGAAUCUCGAUGAAUCAAGCUCUAUUGAAGAUGUACAUAAUCACCCAAUCAACGCUCCUUCAAAGUCGGAUCCCUUUGAGAUGGAGCUACCUGAUGCGAUCAGCUGUGAGUUGAAGCAGAUAGAAGGUGUGAUGAGAGUCUUUGAGAAUCAGGAGAAACUGGAUAAGAAUGAACCGAUUGAGUUAGCCUACCCGGACAGGUCCACGUUCCUCGUUGAUAGUUACAAAAUGCUGGCCCUCAUUGCUAACGGCCCCAUUAAAUCCUUCUCCUAUCGCCGGCUGUCCUACCUAUCGUCCAAGUUCCACCUUCACAAUCUUCUGAAUGAGAUGAAAGAACUAGCUGCACAGAAGAGUGUGCCCCACAGGGACUUCUAUAAUCUCAGAAAGGUUGAUACUCACGUCCACGCAGCGUCGUGUAUGAAUCAGAAACAUCUCCUUCGAUUCAUCAAGAAGAAGAUGAAGACGGAGGCAUCAAGAGAAGUCUACUUUGACAAGAAACUUGGAAGGGUUUUGACUCUUAAAGAGGUGUUUGACAGUAUGAACCUCAAUGCAUAUGAUAUGAAUGUAGACAUGCUGGAUGUCCAUGCUGACCGCAAUACGUUCCAUCGAUUUGACAAGUUCAAUUCCAAGUACAACCCGAUCGGAGAGAGCAAGCUGAGAGAGAUCUUCAUCAAGACAGAUAACUUCAUCGAAGGAGAAUACUUCGCUCAGCUUAUCAAGGAGGUUGCAGCAGAUUUGGAGGAAUCUAAGUACCAGAAUGCCGAGUACAGACUCUCUAUCUAUGGUCGCAACCGCAAUGAAUGGGACAACCUAGCCAAGUGGGCUGUCAAGCACCACGUCUACUCAGACAAUAUCCGAUGGCUCAUACAGGUUCCUAGACUAUAUGACGUGUACAAGUCUAAUAAGUUGGUGUCUAACUUUGGUGAUCUGCUGUCCAACCUGUUCGGACCUCUCUUUGAAGUGACCCGGGAUCCAAGCUCUCAUCCAGACCUUUAUAAGUUCCUUAAAUAUGUUUCAGGAUUUGACAGCGUAGACGAUGAAUCCAAGCCGGAAGACCUGGUCUUCUCAGCGGAUAGCCCGGAACCUGAGAACUGGAGCGGUAACGACAAUCCACCAUACAGCUACUACCUGUACUACAUGUACUCUAACAUUGUAGUGCUCAAUAACUUCCGAAGGUAAGGCCACUUUGCUCUCUUCACACAAAUUGAAAUAUGAUGAUGUAUAUGUGUAUAAACAUAGUUUUCUGCAUCGAUCAUGGUAAAACAGAUGUGUUUUGAUCACUUUUGAUUUUUUUUCUGAUAUUACAGGCAUAGCCCUUUGUUAAAAAAGCGUCUAUGAAAUUUCAAAACAAAUUAACGUACCAGAAUGGUUGUGUAGCAACAGAAUGUAAAAUUAUGCUUCUGAUGUGACUAAUACCACAUCAGAGGAAAUAAAAAGGGACAGAUAGCUGGAAAGU